AUGGCGUCGUCUGUUGUUUGGUCGAUUUUUAUCGCUGCUCCUCUUGCCUUGGGCUACACUAACCCUCGCUCCAUUUCAAUUCCUGAAGACUACGAUGUACUGCAAUAUGUUGACCCACUUAUCGGAAGUUCGAACGGAGGCAACGUCUUCGCCGGCGCGUCACUUCCCUAUGGGAUGGCGAAGGCUGUAGCCGACACAGAUUCUGUGAACAACCAGGGCGGCUUUGCAUACGAUGGAAGUAACAUCACAGGGUUUUCCAGUCUGCAUGAUUCAGGUACUGGAGGUCAACCUUCGCUCGGGAACUUCCCUAUUUUCCCAUAUAUGGGCUGCAAGGAUGACGAUGUCAAUGGCUGUGUGUAUCCCAAGAAACAGCGCAAGACGCACUACGACCCCGGCUCUGUCUCUGCGACCCCGGGUUACUUUGCAUUGACCAUGGCAUCGGGGAUUCAAGUAGACAUGACGGUAUCCCACCAUGCAUCUCUCUUCCGUUUUCGGUUCCCAGCAGAUCGCGAAGCAAAGCCCCUUAUCCUGUUGGAUCUUAGUGACUUGUCCGACACUCGACAGGACAAUGGAACUAUUACCGUAGAUGCUGACACGGGGCGGAUGGUUGGCCAUGCUCGCUUUUUACCCAGUUUUGGAAGUGGAUCCUACACUCCGUACUUCUGCGUCGACUUUCGCAGUGCCUCGGGUAUUAGAGAUAAUGGCAUAUUCGUCAAUUCGCGAGCGAGUACGGAUGUAAAGAACCUCACGAUCUCCCGAAGCAUAAAUGGGUACCCGCUACCGGGAGGUGCUUUCGUUCGAUUUAACUCAUUGGCCGAUAAUACGGUUCUAGCCCGCGUAGGCCUUAGUUUCAUUAGUAGCGAACAAGCUUGCAGCAACUCUGAGUCUGAAAUCCCUAACUUUGACUUUAAUGCGACGCAUUCCGCCGCGGUGGAUUCGUGGACAAAGAAGCUUGCCCCGAUCCGAGUAUCGAGAAACGGGGUCAAUUCUUCAUUCCUGUCCACGUUCUAUAGUGGAAUCUACCGCACCAUGAUCAAUCCGCAGGACUACACCGGGGAGAACCCACUGUGGAAUAGCACAGAGCCAUAUUUUGACUCUUUCUACUGUCUUUGGGAUUCGUUUCGGUCUCAGCUGCCAUUUCUGACCAUCCAUGAUCCUGCAUCGCUGGCUCGAAUGGUUCGAUCGUUGAUUGAUACCCAGAAACAUCUAGGCUGGCUUCCAGACUGCCGCAUGUCGCUCUGCAAAGGUUACACCCAAGGUGGCUCAAACGCGGACGUGGUCCUUGCCGAUGCAUAUCUCAAGGGCAUUUCCGAUGAAAUAGAGUGGGAAGCGGGCUACUCUGCCGUCCGGAAGGAUGCUGAAGAGGAACCGCAUGACUGGUCGAACGAAGGACGUGGUGGCCUAGACAGUUGGAAAUCGCUAAACUACAUUCCAGUAGAGGAUUUUGACUACAAGGGCUUUGGAACGAUGACGCGGAGCAUCUCCCGCACGCUGGAAUACUCUUAUAAUGACUUCACAAUUGCACAAAUGGCCCGUGGCCUCGGAAAGACGGGUGAUGUUGAGAAAUACGAAGCUACUUCUCGAUUUUGGCAGAAUCUGUUUCGCGACGACCAGGCCUCCUUCAUAAACGGAACUGAUACCGGAUUCAAAGGCUUCUUUCAACCCAAGUAUCUGAAUGGCACCUGGGGAUAUCAGGACCCCAUCACCUGUUCCAACAUCGACACGAGCGGGAGAGCUUGUUCGCUUCAAAACAAUGCAGCCGAAACAUUUGAGGACAGUAUAUGGGAGUAUCAAUUUUUCGUUCCCCAUGACAUGGCCGCCCUUAUCACUCAUCUUGGAGGCCCAUCUCAAUUCAUCCGCCGCCUCGAUUACCUCCAUGACACUGGCAUUACAUACAUCGGCAACGAGCCCUCUUUCCUAACCGUCUUCCAGUACCACUACGGCGGCCGUCCCGCCAAAUCCGCUUCCCGCGCCCACUUUUACGUCCCCAAGUACUUCAACGCAAACCCAACCGGCCUACCCGGCAAUGACGACUCAGGCGCCAUGGGCUCCUUCGUCGCAAUGACCAUGAUGGGUCUCUUCCCGAACCCGGGACAAAAUGUGUACCUGAUCUCAGCCCCCUUCUUCGAGUCUGUUCGCAUCACCUCGCCGCUGACGGGACGGACCGCCACGAUCCGUGCCGUUAACUUUGAUUCCGCGUAUAAGAACAUCUAUAUCCAAUCUGCGACGCUGGACGGGAAGCCUUAUACCAAGAACUGGGUGGGACAUGACUUUUUCACCGAUGGGCGGGAACUGGUACUCGUGUUGGGAAGGAAUGAGAGCCAUUGGGGUACUGGGGAGGAGGAUUUACCACCGUCUCUGUCGACAAGGGGUGCUCUCCUUGAUUAA